CUUGUUUUAACUGUGGUUCAUGUAACCAGACUUGACCCUCAUAUUUGUGUACGUUUGCUACAAUAUUUUCAAAUGUCUUGCCUCUAGUGCUGGCGUAUGGGUGUUAUUCGCCAACUGAGCCAUACAACAAGAGGAAGAAGAUUUUCAAAUGUCUAUGUAAUUUCGGAUUCAACAAUGUUGACGAAGGGUUGACGUAUUGUAUAACGUACAAGAUAGGGUUUGAAGAGGAAUUACAGCGUUGAUACUUAAGAUUGCCAGUUUAUUGCGUUUCGUGCGAACAGAAAGCUUCGAGAAUGGUCUGCGAAAAGUGCCAACAGAAAUUGGGUAAGGUUAUUACCCCGGAUCCUUGGAAAACGGGCGCGAGGAACACGGUGGAAAGCGGAGGUCGCAAGGUGGGAGAAAACAAGGCUCUUUCCGCAGGAAAGGCACGAUUCAACCCGUACACGACGAAGUUCGAGAUUUGCAGGAUAUGCAGGCAGAAAGUACACCAAGUAGGAUCUCACUACUGUCAGUCGUGCGCGUAUAAAAAAGCCAUAUGCGCUAUGUGUGGCAAAAAACUAAUGAGUACAAAGAAUUACAAACAAUCAGCUACCUAAUUUCUAUGAUAAUUUUGUACAGUUAAAGCAGUUAAGUAAUAUAUAUGUGUAUACAUAUAUAUGUUUAUUUUAGAUAUGGAAAUUUUAUUGCAGAAGUAUAACAUUUUUAGCAUUCGUUUCUGAAUCACAUAACAGCUGCGUAAAAUGUUCUUAAUAUUUAUUUCUGCAAUUUCUAUUCUAUCGUGUUUUCAAUAUAAUAUUGAAUUAUUAUCACUUGUUUAUUUCUUCAUUAAAACGGUUAUACAAAAUAUCUUUCCAAAAGAAACGCCUUUACUAAAAAUGUUAUAGGUACUUCUACAAAACUUCUACAAUAAAAUUUUCUUGCUUACUUGAUAAAACACACUAUGUAUCUAAACUUUUUUUGGAAAUGUAGACGCACAACAUUCAUCAUUUACAUCAAAGUUAAUUAUUAUUCCUUUAUUUUUCAUUAACUCGUAAGUAUCUAUGUGGUGCGUUAUGAUAUGUUAAUGGUAAAUGAUCACACAAUAUAUCGAUCACAAAAAUAUUAUCGAGCUCCUAAAAGCAGGCUUAUUGAUAAAGAGUAUAAUGAUAAUGAUAAAAAUUAAUAAGAAAGUAUCAUAAUCAGAAAAUUGAAUACAAGAGAAAAUUCUGUCGAUUUUUUAUAAACACAACAAAUUUAGUAUAUUGUCUAUAGCUUAUAACAAAAAUAGUAAACAGAACUAAAAAGAAAUUAAAGAUAUGUUAUAUGAGAAUUUAAUCCAUAUAUUUCACAAUAAAAUUACACACAUAUCUUCCAAGGGUAUCGUCUCAGGUGAGGGAAUCUGUACACAAAAGAGAAACGAUGUAAUAAAAAUUGUUACAGAUAUAUGUUCUGUAUCACGCAAUAUGUAAGUUUAUGUAACUGUGAUAUUAAUAAUAUCGAUUAAAUACUA